AUGCUCGAUCCUCUGUGGCCUGAACAGGCUCCCUCACAGCCCAUCCGAAAGUCGACGGGGACUCCACUCCCACAGGAGGUCCUACAGCGCAUCUUUGGGACCUGCCAGGUGUUCCGGGGCUUUGAUGAGAUAAAAACAACAGCUGCUGGGAUAACAGUGCCCUUAAAAGUCAGGGAGUACUACCACCAAGGCUACCAGUGCUUGAAGCAAGAAGACUGGGAGUUGGCCGUGCUGUUCUUCUCCCGCGCCCUCCACCUGGACUCCAAGCUGGUAGACUCCUACGCCUUAAGAGCUGAAGCCUACAUCCAACUGUGUGACUUCUCCUCGGCUGCCCAGAACCUUCGAAGGGCUUACUCCUUCCAGCCAGAUAACACCAACUUCCUGGAGCGCCUCACCUUUGUGCUUUACCUGCAGGGCCAGUGUCUGUUUGAGCAAGGUGCCUUUCUGGAUGCCCUGCACGUCUUCUCGCAAGCUUCCGAGCUCCAGCCCAAGAAAUCUUGCUUCUAUUACCGCUGCAUGGCGUGUCUCCUGGCCCUCGGACGACAUGACGACUGCCUCUCGCUUGUCACCGAGGAGGUGAAUCAUGGCACAGCCAACGCUGACAUCUACAUCCUCCGGGCCAGGCUCUAUAACUUCUUCCAGAAGCCCAACCUCUGCUAUCAAGACCUGCACAACGCUUUGCUCCUGGAUCCCAAGCACCCAGGGGCCAAGUCGCUGCUCAAGGUGAUGGUGGACCAGGCCCAGAAGUCACACCAAGACGCCAGGACCCUAGCCGUGCAGGGCAAGCUGCAGCGGGCACUGCAGUGCAUCGACUGUGCCAUCGAGAACAACCCUCUGGACCCCAGCCUCUUCCUCUUCAGGGGCACCAUGUACCGACGGCUGCAGGACUUUGAUGCCGCCCUGGAGGACCUCCUGAAAGCAUUGGACAUGAUGAAGCCGCACCAGGAGGACAUGGUGCAGCAGGCCCAGCGCCAGCUGCUGCUGGCCUACAAUGACUUCGCGGUGCACUGCUACCUGCAGGGGGCCUACCAGGAGAGCGUGCUGCUGCUCAACAAGGCCCUCAAGGGCGAGCAGCAGGAGAAAGGCCUCUAUGUCAACCGCGGCGACUGCUUCUUCCAGCUGGGCAACCUGACCUUUGCCGAGGCGGACUACCGGCAGGCGCUGGCUCUGAGCCCGCAGGACGAGGACACCAACCUGCGCAUGGGCCUACUGCAGGAGAAGAUGGGUUUCUGCGAGCAGAAGAGGAGGCAGUUCCAGAAGGCAGAGAACCACUUCUCGAUGGCCAUCCAGCACAGCCCCCAGAGGGCGCAGUACUACCUGCACCGAGCCAGGAUCCGGCUGCUCACGCAGAACGUUUUUGGGGCCCGCCAGGAUGUUGCCACUGCCCUGCUCCUUGACCCUAAGCAACCGAAGCUGCUUCCGCUGAUGACUGACCUCUUCUCGGGCAUGUCAAUGGAGGAGGUGCUUGGCACCCAGGUGGCCCACCUGGCUAGGUUGCAGCUGAGUCGGGCGGUGGAAAGCAGGCGUCAGGACAGCAUCUCCGAAGGCGUCCUGGGGCAGCUCAGGAGGCGGGAACUGGAGCGCCAGAAGGCCCAGGCCCUGCAGCUCUCGUGGAAGCAGGAGCCCCCUUUGCUGGAGCCCUCCGAGGAGCCGGGCUCCCCUCCCCAGGCCCUGCAGGCUGAGCCCAGACACCCAGAGGAGGCCAAGGGCCCCAAGAAGGAGGAGAAGCCAGAGCCCGCUCCUAGCAAGGCGAGGUCCCUGUCCGACAGCUACGCUGACCAGACCUCUUCGGACUCCAUCUCAGGCUUCAGGACCCUGCCGACCUCAGACAUAGAGACGUCCACCAGCUGUCGGGAGUACAGGAGCUCCACAGCCUCCACUGGGACCCUCACGGAUUCCUCCCUACCGAACGCUCAGUUUGCUGACGUGGCUACCCACAGGGAAGCCCUAGGCCUGAGCCGCCGCUUUAAGAAAACUAAGGCCACCCAGAGCCAGAGCCAGAGUCACAGGCCCAGCAAGACUGAGGCCACCCAGGGCCCAGGGCAAAAGCCCAGCAAGACCAAGGCCACCCAGAGCCAGAGCCAGAGUCACAGGCCCAGCAAGACUGAGGCUACCCAGGGCCCAGAGCAAAGGCUCAGAAAGACCAAGACCGCCAGAGGCCCAAGGCAGAGGCUCAGAAAGACCAAGGUUGCUCACGGCCAGAGCUGGGGACUGAUCCGAAGUUCCAGCAAGACCAAGGCUUUCUAUGACCCAAGUAGUAGCCCCGGCAAUACUGAGGCCACCCAGGACCUGAGCCAGAACCCCAGCAAAAUCCAGCAAAGCUCCAGCUCUGACAGCACCACUGUUCUCUGA